UUGGAGCCGCCACUGGUGAAGCGCAAAACAUCACUCGAGGUCGGUCAAACUCGAGCUUAAUUGUUAAUUCCCAUUUUCUCCAUUCUCUCCAUUCCGGUGCUCUUCGCAGAAUAAAAAUUUAACCAAUAAAAGCAGCAAAAAUAGAGUCAGAUCGGAAGAGGAAGAAGAAUUCGGCUCCGAAUCCAUCGACGGAUCGGUCGGAAAAGCACAAGAAGAAGACGAAAAUGUCCUCGUCCUCAUCUUCCCCAGAUAGCGUUAGGGCUUCCCACAUAUUGAUAAAGCACGAAGGAUCCCGGCGCAAAGCUUCCUGGAAAGAUCCAGAAGGCCAAAUCAUCAGUAACACCACUCGCGACGCUGCCGUUUCUCAGCUCAUAGCUCUCCGCCAAGACAUCGUCUCCGGCAAGGCUAAGUUCGAGGACGUUGCCGCUCGUUACUCCGAUUGCAGCUCUGCUAAGCGCGGAGGAGACCUCGGCUCAUUUGGAAGGGGACGGAUGCAGAAGCCUUUUGAGCAAGCAACAUAUGCUCUAAAGGUUGGCGAGAUAAGUGACAUUGUUGAUACUGACAGUGGGGUUCACAUCAUCUUGAGAACCGGUUGAUUGUCACAGAUUAUUACGGCAUGGUGAAGAACUAUUUUGACAUACCACGAAUGCGAAGAUUUAGCAAUCUACUUUGAGAUUUUGAUAUUCCCCUCUAUUUGAACUGUUACAGCUCUGUGGAACAUCACUGGUUAUUGCAAAACAUUUUUCGGCCUGUGUGCCUUGGACAACACGAUUGCUUCAAUCUCAAAGAAACAUGAUUUUAGAAAGCAAGGAAAGAAAAAGAGCUACUUUUUCUCAAGUAUUUGUAUCUUUUGAUUCAAUUAUGGGUUGUUGCUUAUUUGUAA